AUGGACUCACCGCGUCCUCGCAAUUGGAACCAGAAGCUGUUCGCAAGCUACUUGGGAGGGACGGGCCAAGAAUUGGCCGAGCUGAGACGGGCUCUGACGGAGUUGAUGGCAACGCAUGACAAACUCAACAAGGCAUAUAAAUCAAAGGCGGCCAGGGCGGAGUUGAAGGAGUUCCUCGAGUCAAACCUUUACAGACUUCCGACCUUCGUCCAAGAUGCGGGCUUCAGUGCGACUCGAAUGGACGGAUUGAUGGGAAUGGCGUACAAGAUCAAGAAUGAGUACAUCCAUUUUCAGCAGGCGCGCGAGCGGCAGAACCUGGCCAUCGAGCCUUCAGCAAGCACCAGCGAGCAGGUGCCGGGGUUUGGCUACGAAGGUGAGGUGGUUGAGCAGGUACCUCUACCUGAAAUCAGUCAACCCACCAGCCCUGCGCCUAUCAAUAGUGUACCCAGCAACGACGACAUCGUUCAGAGAUUCACAGCAGUCAAUGAUACCGGCUCUACAGUUCCCCCUGUGGAAGAGCCAGUUGUAGAACCGCCGAACAAGAGACAAAGGACAACGCCGUCACAGCCAUCGCAACCGUCUCCCCCUCAGCCUCCACAGCAGCCAGACCUGCUUUCUCAUAAUAUCUGGGUUCUGAACGAAGUGAACCCAGCCCGGCAUGGGCUCUGCUCGAUGCAGGAGCUUCUCACGAGCGAGGAAGCUCGCAACCCAAACCACAUACCUCGGCUCAUCGAUCUCGACUUCGCUCACUGGCUAUCCAUCGUCCAAACCCAAUGUGGCUACAGCUUUACCACCCAUCGUUUGGAAUAUCGCCCUCCGUCCACUGUGAUGUCUCGAUCGGCGCAACUGCCACCAAUUACAAUUCCAAUGUCCACACAAAUCCAAUGGCGCGGUGCAUUGAAUUCACAGCUUCGUUCUAAAACAGACCAGGAUCCAGUUUUUUAUUUGGUCUAUAAGUGUGAGUCCUCAGCGCAUGCAGCUCGCAAUGUUCGAGUCCCUGACUCAAACCCGGCAGGAAAUGAUGCGCCAUUCCCGUCACUACCUUCCUCACCCUCAUCCUCGAUGGGAAGCGAGGUUUCCCCCCCUCGUGACUCUCUUGUCAUCAAGCAGGAGUACGCUGAGGAGCAAAUGAGAUUGCCUGGGAUGCGAUAG